AGGACUUGGUUGAAGCACAGGAGUCAAAUUCGGAAACUGAGGACGAUGAUCCCUGGAUUAUAUGGUAAUUCAACCCUGCACGAAGAAAUCCCAUCUUUCAACCUGCCGAAAUGUCGAGUCAGACUAUCCUUGGCGAGAGGCCAUCGUCUAACACCGCGACAAGUCGAUGUUGACGGCCGCAUCGGGGGACCAUCUCGUUCAGGACUUAGCGAGGCUUCCAGGCGAGACUCAAUCGAACGACAAGAAACACCAUCUCCUGUGGUAGUCAGGGGGAAGUUCUUCAGAGAUUCAGAAAAGGGCAUAGUCUUCGUCGUUGCCGCGAGCACUAGUCUUCUUACUUCAUUAGCGGCGGGAUCCUGACCAAAUAGUCGGGAGUGUGGCUAAACACCGCGUGGGAUGUCAAAGGCGCCGGCCGACUAGAUCGAUGUUUGGUUGGUCGCUCAACGAUAUGUGGCGGCCAAGCCUCUCAGCCGC